UUUCCUGUUCAUAAUACACGCACAGAUAAUGUCGUACUCGUAAUAAUAAAAUUGGUCUAUAGUCUGUGGUUUGUAAAAUUAUUUUUGUAUUUUGUAUGGCAACAUAUUUGAAGUUUCUUUCAUUUGUCAUAUUUUGUAAAAAUGACGAAGGGUACUUCAAGCUUCGGUAAACGCCGAAAUAAGACCCACACAUUAUGCAGAAGAUGUGGAAGAUCGUCCUAUCACAUCCAAAAAUCAAAAUGCGCUCAGUGUGGAUACCCAGCGGCUAAAUUACGGUCUUACCAUUGGUCCGUGAAGGCAAAAAGGAGGAAGACUACAGGCACAGGCCGCAUGCGUCACCUCAAGAUUGUGAGAAGGCGCUUCCGUAAUGGCUUCAAAGAAGGCAAACCCACACCCAAAAAAGCUGUUGCCUCAUCGUAGACUUAUUGCUUUGUAUAAUUAAAAAAUUAAAAUUAA